AGGCCAUUGUAAUGGUAAAUCGCAUGCAGAAAGGAAGAAAAGACUGAUAAUCAAUCACAAAUGAAGCAUUCGUUUGGAUUUUGGCAAUUUACUGGCCGGGGGCUUUUAAAUCCAUAAACUUUUUCUUUUUUUUUUUUUUUUAUUUUUUCUUUUUUUGGCCCCAUCUUUAAAAGCAGUUUUGGUCUGCCUAAGGCAGGAAGAGAAAUUGUUACUGAGCUCUCAUGCCCAGAGUAGCUGGGAAUGGGGAGAGCUCGGUGCUGAAACUAAAAUCCUGGUGGAGAAGCAGCGCAGUGAAACGUUGAUGGGGCUGUUUUUAACCCAUCACCUUGGACUCCGGCUCUGAAGCAGAACUUUCCACCUCAGACUCUUCUUGUUUCUCCUGUUCAGGGAUGACUUGUGGUGGGCUUCUGGGGACUUUGAUUUCCAAGCUGGUGGUUCUGUGACUGCCUUAGUGGGUUUUGUGUUUGCCUGAGUAUGUGAUUAGGACAGAUGAGGAUGUUAGACAACAUUAACACCAGCAUAUCCCCUUCAGAGUGCAGCAUCACCCACAAGGGAAGAUACAUCUACCUGGAGGCACUGCUGCACGGAGGUGCUCCAUGGGGAUUCACGCUGAAGGGCGGGCUGGAGCAUGGAGAGCCAUUAAUCAUCUCAAAGAUUGAAGAGGGAGGGAAGGCAGAUUCCCUGCCUUCCAAGCUGCAGGCUGGUGAUGAAGUGGUGAACAUCAACGAGGUGGAGCUGAGCAGCUCCAGGAGAGAGGCCAUCUCCCUGGUGAAAGGCUCCUACAAGAAGCUGAAGCUUGUCGUCCGCAGGGACACCCAUGCAGCACAGGGAUGCUCAGAGCUGUCUCCCAGCCCGCUCAGCCCGGACUGCGUGACCACUGACUUCCAGCCCGGCAAAGCCACGUGGGCAGCAGGAGUCAAGUUACGGCUGAAGACCAGGCGGAGUGAAACUCCAGGCCGACCUCACUCCUGGCAUUCCAGCAAAAUCUCAGAGAACCAGCCCGAUCCCAGCAUGAUGCAAAUAUCUCAGGGUACGCUUGGCACCCCUUGGCAUCAGUCCUACCACUCCAGCUCCUCCACCAGCGAUCUCUCAGCAUACGAGCAUGGCUACCUGAGGAGGAGCCCCGAUCAGUACAGCUCCCGGGGCAGCAUGGAGAGCCUGGACCACUCCUCCCCUGCCUACCACCCUUGCCACCUGUCCCCGGCCAAAUCCACCAACAGCAUCGACCAGCUCUCCCACCUGCACAGCAAGAGAGACUCUGCCUACAGCUCCUUCUCCACCAACUCCAGCAUCCCCGAGUACCCCGUGGCCCCUGUGGGCAAAGAGCACUCGUGCUCCCCGGACAGCGCGCAGUGCCGCGGGGGGCUGCCGGAGGGCAUGCAGCAGGCGGACAUCCGCUACGUCCGGACGGUCUACGACGCCCAGCAACGCAUCUCCCAGGAGUACGAGGUGAAGCCCUCGUCCAUGCUUCCAGGCGGCGACAGCCGCGGCCACGGCAGGCUCCACGCCUUCAGCCGGCACAACACCGCCUCCUCCUGGGCACAGCCAGCGCAGGGCCCCUCGGACAGCAAGAGCCAGCCACCCCUGCCUCCCACUCGCAGCGACAGCUACGCGGCCAUCAGGCACCACGAGAGGCCCGGCUCGGGCAGCGGCCUUGAGCCCAGCAAGCCAGGCCGGAGCCAGCCCAAGGGGGCCUGGGCGCCACUCAUCAGCUCCCUGUCACAGGGGCCGCUGCUGAAGCCACCCUUCGGAGAAGGGCACCUGCACACCGUGAUGGAGAAGAGCCCGGAGAGCAGCCCCACCAUGAAGGCCAAGCAGAGCUUUUCCCAGGCGGCCCAGCCAGGGCAGCCCCUGCUCCCCACCAGCGUCUACGCUGUUCCCUCCCCGGAGCCGCACUACGCCCAGGUGCCCCGGCCUUCCACUGGCAGCACUGGCACGCUUUACCCAGCUCUGGCCAAAGAAAGCGGCUACUCCCCAGCCCUCCCGGCCUCCUACGAUGUGGCCAGUGGCACCCUGGCCUUGGAUGAGAAUGGAAACCAAAGCACUGCGAACAGGUCGACCAUCUUCUACCAGCCCCCUGCCACUGAGAGAAAGCAUGAAGCCAAACUCAUCCAGCAGAAACCUCCCAGCACAGCGGGCCCAGAGCUCGGCCUGGCUGUGUCACGAAAGGAGGAGCUGCUACCCCUUUACAAGGCAGCACACAGCUACCGAGAGACCACCGGAACCACACAGACCUCCAAGCCCCUUUUCCAGGGUCCACAACCCCAGCCGAGGGAUGCUAGUGAGAGGAAAAACCAUUACCAGCCCAAAGAGAACUGGACACCUGGAUCCCAGGAGGAGAAAAAUGGUAACACACAGAACAUCCCAGAGAGCUCCAGGAGGCAGAGCAACUCUGACCUAAGGGAGACACAACCAGGUGAGGGUUAUUCCAGCACCAGACUGUCCUUCCUGAACAGCAGCAGCAGAGAGGAGAAGGAUCACAGAGAGCAGGGGCACAGACAGUGGAGUGACGUGGACCCCCAGGCCUUCACGAGGCAGGAAGAGGAGGGCACGAGCGUGGCUCUGUUCCAUGCUGCUGAGCCAAAGUGCAAAGAGCCCCCUUCUCCUCAGCUCCCAAAGCCCUCAGAUUUCGGGAGGAGCCGGCUCAGCUCUAGCAGCACCCAGAGCUUUCCCUACAGCAAACCAGAGGCCGGCAAGCCCCGCUGCUCAGUGCUGGAGAAGGUCAACAAGUUUGAGCAGCGGGAGCAGAGCGCUCCCCGGCCCCAGAGCGCUGGCGUUCCCAGCUUUGGCCAGCACUAUGGGCCGAGCAGGACAAGCCAGCCUGCUGGCAUGAGGUGCUCUGUGCACAGCCCAGAGAACAUGAGGAGCAAGCUGCCUAGUGAGCCAGGCAGGGGCUCCAGCCCGUCCAUCAGGAACGGGAAGCUGGAAGAGGCUGACUGGCGCCCCGUCGAGCUGCAGAUGGUGGCUUCGGUGAAGCAGGCAAGACCCAGCGAGUACUACAGCCUGUGUCCUGAAAACGAGGUGCAAAUAAGAGCGGCUCAGCUUCCUCGGAGUAGGAGCACAUUCCAGCUGGGAGGCGAGCCUGAGAAAGAGAUCCUCUGGAAGGAUAACAUCCCGGAUGCACACGGGUCGCAGCUGGACACAUCGUUUAAUAGGGCCUACAGGAACAGUAUCAAAGAUGCUCAGUCCAGGGUGCUGAGGGCCACCUCCUUCCGGCGGAUCAGCCCCCCGUUCGGGAACACACCCAAGAGGGUGCCCCAGAGACCUGCCUCGGCCCACGUGGGCAUGAGGAGCACAGCAGCAUCCCCGCACACCCCCAAGGAGAGGCACAGCAUCACGCCCACGGAAGGAGGUUUCUCCAGCCUGGACUACGCCAGGACACAGCAGGUGCUGCGCAUUGGGGGCCGGAAGCGGUUGACGGCGGAGCAGAAGAAGCGCUCCUACUCAGAGCCCGAGAAGAUGAAUGAGGUGGGCAUCUCGGACGGAGAGCCAUCCCCUUUCUCCUUCCAGAAGAAAAGCAUCCAUUUUAUCUUCCCAGAGAACACGGUGGCCGACCGGCGCAAGAUCUUUGAGAGGGACGGCAAAGCUUCCUCCACAGCCAGCCUGUCCAAGCCGGAGCUCAAGCAGCUCCAGCAGAACGCGCUGGCCGACUACAUUGAGCGCAAAACAGGGCGCCGGCCGUCCUCGCAGGACAUGGGGUUGCUCCGGGAGCGCUCCUACCUGCAGCUGGCUGGCCCCGACAGCCAGAGCCUUUCCUCUGCCUCCAGCAUGAAUUCCCUCCAGGACCAGAACCUGUACCGCCGCAGGGAGUCCAUGGAGCGGAUAUCCAGGACGGGACGGAUGUCUUCCACCCUUCCCCCUGGGCUGAUGGACUGCUUGGACACGAGCGGAGAUGAGAAGGUGCCAGGGCGCCAGGACAGCCUGGUCACUGGCCGGCCCAAAGCAGAAAGGUGCCGGGAUCACAGACCCAGAUCGGAUCUCACCAAAGGCACGCAGACAGACCUGCUGGGCAUGCAGGGCCAGCCCCGCUACAGGAAACAGGAGCAGGUCUUUGAAACCCCCUCCACUGCCAGGAAAUCCGGGAAGUCGGUGUCUGUGGAAGACUUGCUCGAUAGGUACGACAAUCAGCCGGUCCCUGUGCACGUGCGCUCCAGGUCGUCUCCCACGGCGGAUAAGAAACACCAGGAGCUGCUGAGGAGGGAGAGCAGUGAGUUCGGCCCCAUGGUGAGGGAUCCCUGCUACGUGCUCAGCGCAGGAGCCAGGUCUUUCAACAAGAAAGAAAGAAGCCACUCAGAGAAAAUGGCAUUCACCAGUUACUAUCCCCAUCCCCUCCGCAGCACAGAGCUUGUCACCGGGCCUGCCACGCUGGUUGAGAAUCACAAGCUCUCAGAACUUUCCAGGCCAGAUAGCAGGACUUCUGCAUUUUUCCCAGCUCCAACAGAGGCAAGAAGUCACUAUCCUGAGCAAAAGCAAGGCUUUAAACCCUUGUUCCUUAACCUUACUUCUUCUGGGCCUGGCCGCUCUUCCCCUAAUACACCCGCCCAGGCUCCCUCAGACUUGCAGAGCACAGGUGACAGCCAGGCUCCGAGACAGCACCAUGCCAAACGAGAGGCUGGUCCCCCUGAGGGCAGCGGGAGCGCUCAGGUACAGCCUCUGGAUGCUGUCCAGGACAGAUCCCCCGAGACUGCCACGGAAGAGAUGAUGUGGAGGAAGAAAGCGGGGUUGCUGCACAGGUCCCUCCCACCCAAAGCAGCGUGGGCUCAUUCGGCCAAAGACAAUGGCUACACCAGGGCCAUUGUGUCUCCUCCGGGGGCCGGGCCGAAGCCCUCCCAGAGGUGGCAGUCCCUGCCCACGCAGAGCAGCACUUCCUCCGACCCAGAGACCCCUUCUCCCCAGGCCGUGACCCAGCUCCGGAUCUCGGAGUCGGGGCUGCAGCUCACGCCCCCACCGCAGCUGCAGGACGAGGAGGACGACGAGGUGUUUGUCGCGCCCUUCUCCCCGCCGCCACCAUCCCGUCCUCUUCCCGAGCUUGGCUCUUGCACUUCUGCCAGCGGCACGGAGGAAUUCCCACCUCCUGCCCCUCCUGCUGAGGGGAACAGGGCAGGUGGAGACAAAUCCCCCCGGCUCCCAGAGGAGGCCGGUGUGAGCAGCUUCAAAAGCUUUCCCAAAGCCCUGGCUGAGAGGGAGACAACAGGGUUGAGCACCAGCACCAGUGAAAAUAACUGGCCAACCCCAUUAAAGAGGACUGGCUCUCCAUCUGCUGUGGAUCAGCAGCACCAGUCCCCCGCUUCUCCUGAAGGGCCUCAGAGCGCUGACAGACAGCCCAUAACUCAGCCUGAAGGUAACUCCAGAGAGCCAGCAUUGGAAAAUGCCAGCCUGGACUCUGGGAUAACCAGCACAGCACCCCCCGUGAAGGCAAAGAACAAGACGCCAGAGGAUAUUAAGUCAGAGGCUCUAGCAAAAGAAAUUGUCCAUAAAGACAAGUCUCUGGCUGAUAUCCUGGAUCCAGAUUCCAAAAUGAAGACGACCAUGGACUUGAUGGAAGGGAUUUUCCCCAGUGGAAGCAGCAUGCUGAAGGAGAACAACAUGAAGAGGAAGAUGUGGCAGACACAGGCCAGCAGGACGGCGGUGGCGGGUGACACGAGAGAGGAAAGGGAAGCUCCUGUCACCCUGGUCACCUGUCCUGCUUACUACAGCGUUUCAGCACCCAAAGCAGAACUGCUGAAUAAAAUCAAGGACUUGCCAGAAGAAGUAGGUGAGGAAGAAGAGCUGCUGGACAUCAAUGAGAAAAAGGCUGAGCUCAUCGGGAGCUUGACCCACAAACUGGAAAUCCUGAAGGAAGCCAAGGAGGGCUUGCUCGAGGACAUUAAGAUGAAUAAUGCUCUCGGGGAGGAGGUGGAGCUGUUGAUCAGCACGCUGUGCAAACCCAACGAGUUUGACAAGUAUAAGAUGUUCAUUGGCGAUCUGGAUAAGGUGGUGAACCUCCUGCUCUCCCUCUCGGGACGCCUGGCCCGCGUGGAGAACAUCCUGAGCAGCUUGGGGGACAACGCCAACAGCGAGGAGCGGAGUUCCCUGAACGAGAAGCGGAAGCUGCUGGCUGGCCAGCACGAAGACGCCCGGGAGCUCAAGGAAAACCUCGACCGUCGGGAACGGCUGGUCUUGGACAUUCUGGGCAACUACCUCUCUGAGGAGCAGCUCCAGGACUACCAGCACUUUGUCAAGAUGAAGUCUGCACUCCUCAUAGAGCAGCGGGAGCUCGACGACAAAAUCAAACUGGGCCAGGAGCAGCUCAAGUGCCUGAUGGAAAGUCUCCCCACGGACUUCACACCCAGGGAUGCAGCAGCAGCAGCUGCCCUGGCUGCAGCACUUGCUACCUCCUCCGGGGCCGGUGGUAAAACACCUCCAGCAGCCUCUUCCUCACUCUAACCUGGCCUGUGUGGAGCUGGGGUACAGCCCUGCCCGAGUCCCUUUAGUCCCAUACUUGGCAGGUGGUCCUCUUCAAAGGCCAUGGACAGAGACAGAUCUAAACCAAGAUUUUAAUGAAGGAAAAAAGAAUAGCAAUAAUAAAGGUUUGAUCUUCCUUUCCUUCCACCUCUGCUUCCUGGGAACUUAAAUCAAUGUGGAGGGAAAUCUCCUCCUGCCUGAGAUGAGGAAGAAUCUCACAGGAACUAAACACAUGACCUUUAAUAAAAAGCAUGACCUCCUCUCUUCCCUCCCUUUUCUGCCUACCUGACACCUCAUUAAAUAAUGAAGGAUCUAAGAAUGAAGCCUUAAAAAUAAAACAAACCCAUUUUACUGAACAUUAUUGAUAUUUAUAUUUUUUAAAGAACAAGACAGAAUGUGUAAGUUUUUGUACAUACUCUGAUCAGUUACUUGAUUCUACUUUGUUCUAUAUGUAGAAAAGACAUUUAAUUUUGUAUUUUGUGAAGACCUUAACAAAAAGAGGGAACCCCAAAGAUAGUCAUGCAGUAGCUUGAAACAUCGUGGUUUUGUUGCCGUUGUUGUGGUUGUUUUUUAAUAUAAUAAAGGGCUACCA